AUGGAGCGGCUGCUUCUGUUGCGACCAUCCUGCAGUGAAGCUGUGCGGCACCAAGCCCGGCUGGAGAUGGUUUUCUUUAUUACGCCGUGGCUUGCUUCGAUGGGCUUCAUAAUCUCUCGGUUCGAUGACGAUGCAGCGGGUCGCUUUGACUACUUGGCUGUUAUUCACCUUGGCCUCGCCUUCGUUUUAAUGACUUUCGGUAUGAUCUUGUACAAGAUGAACUGCCUGCCGUCUGCGGCCCAUUAUUUGGAGGAUCCCAGCUGCAGCAAUGCACUCUGCGGAUUGUUCAGCUGGCUUCCAAUGGUUGCGAUCUGUCCCACAUUAGUGACUGGUGGUGCGCAGGAGAUUGCUGUCACUUUUGGGGAUUGUUUUGGUGCUAUCAUAAUGUAUGUGCCCCUGGUGGAGGAACCGCUCUCACUGAUAGCCGCUUAUGUUGCCUACGCAAGCAUUGCAUGGGCGAGAAUUCUGCAUCUGUGCAUGUCACAGGUGGACAGCUGCAUCAGUCUCACACCGUACAUUUGCCGAUUAGUGGCUGUUUUAGUCUUGACUGCCAUCGCCUUUCAAAUCAGGUUGCGCUACUUGAGCUUGAAAGCGACGCCACUCACUCCGGACUGUCUUGAAGCACGCGCCAGGACUCAAUCUGAAGCGGAAGUGGUUUUGCGUGAAAAGCGGAAGAUGCUGGAGAGCUUUCAGACUAGACGUUGUGAUUAUGUACAAGAAGGGCGUGAGAAUGGCAUGGCUGCCGACAGGGAACGCGAGGUCUGGAGUCGCAGAGGGCUUUACAAAGCUGAGUUGACGGGCCGGCUUCUGUGGGCGAUCCAUUUGCACAGGCAGUCAAUGCUGAGCUCUGAGGUUUUGGACCAUAUCCUCACCUUCCUGUACGAGCCGAUCAGACCAGUGGUGAACUGCGUCGGUUUAUUGGCAGACGACGGAAGGUCCAUGAUUUCCAGCACUCAGGACACAGUCGCUAGCUCGGGAGUCUUGUCCUCACUUUCAUCGCUCUCGUCUGUCGCUGCCCUACGCAAGGCAUUGUCGGCACGACAGUGGCUCGCUUUUGAGCGGCCUCCGUGCAACACCACGUCGGAAGCCGCCGAAGCUGAGCGGUCUGCCAGUGGCAAGGGCAAGGCAUUCAUGGAGACUUUGGGUCGUCUGAGUCGUCUCCUGUUCGUAGGCACUGUGCCUGAAUGA